CAUUGGUUGUCAACGGCUCUCCGCGAGGAGAGGACCCGAGAAGGGAGGGGGGAGGAACGGACCCCCUCCGUUCUAACGGGCUUGAUUGGGCGGCCGGGGUUCCAAAGGGGUGUGGCCGGCCUUGGCCGAGGGCUAUAAAAGUCUUUGCUAGGCACCGGCCACCCUCAUUAAAGUGAGGGUGGCAGAGGCGAGUUCUUAGCAGCCUGGAGGGGGCGAAACGGAGGGGGGGAGGCUAUCUGAUAUCCUGUUACCCCCCUCCUCACCGUAAAUACAUGAAAAAGGAGGAACUUCUUAAACGAGAGGGUCUGGCGUCUUCUCAAUAGGGAUAGAGGCUGUCUGACACCCCCACCCCCAAAUCUAGACCCCCAGAGUGCUAGGUUAGGGGGUAGGUGCAUGAUCAAAAGUGAUUUAAGUAUAGAUCAAGACGCAUAUGUGAUCCUUCCAAAGAUCAGGGUUAAAUUGUGCUACUUUACAACCCUCUGUGCAGACCCAACACAAUGAAUUCCAAUGUAGAAAAUUUGCCUCCCCACGUGAUCCGGCUGGUUUACAAGGAAGUCUCCACUCUGACCUCGGACCCACCUGAGGGCAUCAAGGUAUUCCCCAACGAGGAGGACAUCACAGAUGUGCAAGUCACCAUCGAGGGACCUGAGGGUACCCCAUACUCUGGUGGCCUCUUCCGCAUGAAGCUGAUCCUCGGCAAAGACUUCCCAGCCAGCCCACCCAAAGGCUACUUCCUGACCAAAAUCUUCCACCCUAACGUGGGCGCCAACGGGGAGAUCUGCGUCAAUGUCCUCAAGAAGGACUGGAAAGCGGAACUGGGCAUCCGGCAUGUCCUGCUGACCAUCAAGUGUUUGCUCAUCCACCCCAAUCCGGAAUCGGCCCUGAAUGAGGAAGCAGGGCGCCUCCUGCUGGAGAACUAUGAGGAGUACGCCUCACGGGCCCGCCUCCUGACGGAGAUCCACGCCCAGCCUUCCUCCGGCCUGCGCACCAAGGACCCCGCUGAGCCUUGCUCCUCUUCGGCCAGUGCCUCUGGGGAGGGCCCCAUGGCCAAGAAACACGCAGGCGACAGGGACAAGAAACUGGCCUCCAAGAAGAAGACCGACAAGAAGCGAGCUCUCCGGCGGCUUUAGGGGA